GCAAGACCCUGUCUUAAAAAAAAAAGCUGGUGUUAAUCUCCCCUUCAUGUAACCCACUGCACAGAUGUGUGUAGCUCCAAGUGCAUACAGCCUUCCAUCUCUCUGCCUAAUGUUACAGGAGAGUGCAGCUGGGGGAAUUACAGGCAAUUUCAAUGAGGGGGAAUAGGUAGAAAGGAAACAGCUGGAAAUCCCUGGAGUAACCUUACUCGUCUGAACAAAAGUACACAUCAGACUGGCAGAACUCUUGUUCAUGUUCAAAACCAAAGGUUGGUAAACUUUUUCUGUAAAGGACCAGAUAGUAAAUAGUUUUAACUUUUGGGCCAUACGGUAUGUAUCAUAACUGCUCAGCUCUACUUCUGAAGCACAAAAGCAUCAUAGAUAACAAAAAAAAAAAAAUGAAUUGUGUCUGCCUUCCCAUCAAACGGUACAUACAAAAGCUGGGAUGGGUCAUAGUUUGCCAACCCCUGAUCUGGAAUACACCUGAAUGUGGUGCAUAGCCUUCAUUACGUUUUUGUAAAAUUGUCUCAAUUUGAAGCUGGAGGUCCUUUCUUCCCCUCUGAGAUUCCUUCUUCCACUCCCCCCCUCCCCCCCAUUUUCUAUCUGCAGCUUUAUUCUGGUGGCAACCCAAAAGGUCAAGGCUUGGCUCCAUCCCGCAGCACAGCAGGAUAUUGGCACAGACUCAACCCUCCCAGGUUCUCAGAAUGGAGCUCAUACAAAGCUAAGCCUCUUGAUGAUACUGACGACCUCACAGAGCUCAGUGCUUAGUAUAUUUUGUUUUUGGAGAUAGGGCCUUGUUCUGUCAUCCAGGAUAGAGUGCAGUGGCACAAUCUCAGCUCACUACAACCUCUAGCUCCCUGGAUCAAGUGAUCCAUCCAUCCCAGCAUCUGAAGUAGCUGGGACCACAGGCACAAGUCACCAAGUCUGGCUAAAUUUUGUAUUUUUUGUAAAGAUGGGGUUUCACCAUGUUGCCCAGGCUGGUCUUGAACUAAGCUCAAGGGAUCUUCCUGUCUCGGCCUCUCAAAGUGCUGGGAUUACAGGCAUGAACCACCAUGCUUGGCCAAGUAAUUAGUUUUUAAUGGAAAAUGAGUCUGUAUCUCUUAAGAUCUUUGGAAAGAUAUCCAUUCUUCUUCCCUCACGGCAGCUAGCACAAUGUCCUACACCCAGUAAGUAUUUGUUGAUGUUACUUUGAGGUCAUGGCAACUGUGACUUUAUCCCUUUGUACAAUAGUUUGCUGAAGACCUGGCUUUCUAGUUCCAGAAGCAGAACUGAAGCAAAUUCCUUUUCGUUUGGGAAAACAGACCUUUUGCAAAGAGACGGAUUCUCACAGGAAAACAAACCUGUCUUCCUGAGACUCAUAGGGGAGUGAGUGGGGAGGUGCUGGAAUCCUCGGGGGAAAUUAUGGGUUAUGGUUUCUUUCUGUUCUAGAUAAGGGUUGGGCACAGGCAGAUCCUGAGAAAAGUGGAGUCCUUUAUUGCCCAGUGGGAGAUGGCAUUUCCAGGAGCAGUCCUGGCUGGUGCAAUGGUAGCUGCUUGUACUGUUUCUUUAGGCUCUUAUAGGGAGAUAGCCAGGGCGGCUCCCUAAAGAAAACAGCUGGGUGGAAUCCUUAUCCUUAUCAACAUGGCUAGAUCACAGGGGCUGCUGGCCUUAUCCUAUCGGGGCAACCAGUGAUUUCACCAUGUCACCAACUACUCCUUUAGAAACCAACCGCAUUGUUACAUUUCAAGCAUAACACUAGUGCCCAAAUCCAUUCUGUCAUAUUAUAACUCAGCUGCAUCAGCAAGUUUAUUGCGAAAAUCCUAGAGUCUCAAAUACUUUAUGAGACAGCCUGAAGAUGUAAGAAAGUAAGUCUAAUUUCACCAUAGCAUUUACUUGGCUGUGUGUACGUGCACACGCCACGUCCCGGGAAUGAGAAAAUUUCCCCCAAAAAACUCUAAUCAAUUCACUUUAGUAAUUUCUUGUUUGUUUCACUCUGAUACUGAGUUUUCUUCUCAUUCAAACAUUCAUUUAUUCAUUGAAAUAUUAGAAAUAUUAGUCGAGUGUCCUCUAUGUAUCUAUCCAUUGUCCUAGGUACUGUGGAUACCACUGUAAAUAAAACAUGUAAAACACUUGCUUUCGUGAAGUUUAUAUGCAAGAGUCUGACAAAGAAAUAUGCAAGUGAAAUAUGCAAAUGUCAGAUGUUGCUAAGUGCAAUGGAGAUCAAUGAAGUAGGGAAGGUGGUGAGAGAGCUGCAGAGAUGUAGACUGGUUGGGGGGGUGCUGUGAGCAGCGGGACUCAAUCCCUCCCAACCUGGCCCCUGUCACUCGUUCAGACUAGUGCAUCCCUCCAGAGAGCCACCCUCGAUCAUCCUGGGCCUUCACAGAGGCUACCCUCCUGCCCUUGUCCCUACUCACUUAGGCGACCCCUCCUCACACCGCAGGGCUCAGCACACUGGCCUCCAGAGAGCCCCGCUUCUUCCCUCACCAGCGCUGACCUGAGGCCCAGGCCACUGUUCUCUGGCCCCACUUCACCUGGUGCUUCUCACGCUGAAGGAGCUUCAUGGCUGGGGGGCCUUCCUGAAGAGGCUAUGGGCUCAUGGAGGGUAGGGUAUGUCUGUUUCCUCUGUGUCCAUUACAUAAUCUCAACCACAUGAGGAAGGAAAAACCCUACAAGGAAAAAAAAAUAUUCUCUCCCUUCUCAAUGGUUGACAUCAACCAUUGAGAGAUGAAAGAAAAGGAAUUGAAUAUUUUGCAUGUAGACAUGAGGAGAUCUUCAAAAUCCAAAAGCUAUUUCAGAUUUUGAAAUUACAAAUGAUUGAAAACCACCAUGGCACGUUAAACCUAUGUAACAAACCUGCACAAUCUACACAUGUACCCCAGAACUUAAGAGUACAAUAAAUAUAGAAAAAGAAACUACAAAUGAAAAUGCUGUUGAAGCGUUGUACCAGUUUAAAUAGCUGGGAAACGAAAUAUCAAUCUCUAUAAUCCAUCUAGACAAAAAGCACUUACUUUUUAAAAGAGGAAGAUGUUUUGGGGACCAAAAGAGAGAAAACCUCUGUGAAAGAUCCCCAGCCAUGAUUGGCCCCUGCUUUGCUCUGAGCUCAUGAAAAGCCUUUGUGAUGUCAUAACAGACAGGCCUAUAUAAGGCCUUGGCUGGGUCAUGGUUUUUGGUCUGAGAAAUCCCUGGAAGCUUUUUUGGUGACCUGUGGACUCAGACCAGCUUAGCGAUUACGAGUUGUUUGGGGUGGUGGGGGGAGUUUUUGUGGGAGGGGCGUUGUUUUUUCUGGGUAGCGUUGUUAGCAUAGUUAAUAUAGUUAGUAUUGCUUAGUGUUUUAGUGUAUUUGGGAUAGUAAGUAGUGUUGUUUACUGUAGAGUUAGAGUAGUUACUUGGAUAGUGUAUCUAGAGAUACCAUGAAGCAGGGAGUGGCCUCCACCUCACCUGCCCUGCGGCCACCUUACUAUCAAAUACUGAAAUUCAUAGGCCGUGGUGCCUUUGGCGAGGUCACGCUGGCCCGGCAUUUAAUAACUGGCACCCGGGUGGCGGUGAAAACAAUCAACAAAACCGGCCUCCUCUCUAGCCACAGAGAGACGACUAUUUUAAAGUCGGUGAGCCACAGUAACAUCAUUCGGCUUUACCAGAUCAUUAAUACCAGAGAGGCGUGCCAGCUGGUAUUAGAAUACGCAGAAGGAGGAAGCCUGGCCGACUGGCUCGAUAAAAACAUCAUAAAGGAGGAGGAGGCCCGAGGCAUGUUCCAACAAAUGCUGUCCGCCGUGAGCUACCUCCACAAAAGAAAAAUCGCUCACCGAGAUCUAAAACCUGACAACAUGCUGUUAGACGGUAAAGGACAUAUCAAAAUUUCCGAUUUUGGAUCAGCCACGAUUUAUCAUGAGGGGCAGAGGCUGAGAGCAGGUCAUGGGACCCUCCCCUACAUGGCCCCAGAACUCUUUGGGGCCCAGGGCUAUGAAUGUCCCGCCAUGGACAUAUGGAGCCUAGGCGUCACGUUAUACCAGAUGGUGUCCAACAGUCUGCCCUUCUUCGCAGUGAGUCGUUUCCAACUGAUAUCCCUCAUUCUAUCUGGCCAGUAUGUUAUUCGGCACUAUUUUUCAGAAGGCCUAAAAAGCCUAAUUAAAAACCUUUUGAUAUCUAAUCCCAAUGAGCGGCCGACAGUAGACAAAGUCUUGAGGGACCCGUGGGUGAACAACGGCCAGGACUUGCCUCCAGCGACAUACGAAGAGCUGAUUGAAGACCACCCGAACUGUGAGACCAUAAGGCUCUUGGUGGCCAUGGGAUUGAAGCCAGAAAACAUCGUAAAGGCAAUCGAAGACAACGUCUUUAAUUAUCCCAUGGCCACCUACCGUAUUGUAGAUGGGGAAAAAAAGCCAUCCAUUACCACUCCACAGUCUCUUGCUCCUGGGGAUCCUACAUGUUUAGUCACUGAGAUUUCCAGUUCACCUGCCGGCCUUCACAGGAAGUCAGACCCCCAGCAUGCCCCCACGGCCUCCCUGACCAUCGAGCGCAAUUGUGGAGAUGUAGAAAACUUGGCACGGCAAGCCCUCCAGUGUGACCGUGUGGCCUCCUCCAUCGUAAGCGCCAUAGGCGGUGGUGGUGCUUUAGAAACCUUGGCAGAGCAAGCCCCCCAGCGUGACCUCGUGUCUGCAGCCUUCACCAAGUGCUCCACCGGCAGCGAAAAUUUAGAAACUUUGGCUCAACCAGCCCUCCCGCAUAACCUCACGGCCGCCUCCACCCAGAUCACCACCCAGAGCACCGUGGCUCAACAACCAGGACACGAAGGCAGCGUCCUCCAAGCUGGGCAGCCCGAGGCUGUGUUGACCCAGCCAACAAGAGGCUGGAGCUGCCGCAGGGCUGCCCGAAGGUGCAUUGCCAUAAUAAGGAGAUGCUGUUGCUGCCUCUGUCCACCCAAGAGGCAGAGUAAGAGGGCCCACCCAAGAGAAAAAAUUGGAGAGGACGAAGGCCCUGAGGUCCAGGAGCAACCUGAGAUGCCCAGGAGCAACGCUGGAGCCUGCAGCACUUUAUAUUAAAAAAAUAUAAAAAUAAAUGUAUCAUUCUGAUA